AUGAAGAACUCAAUCCCAUCUGACGUGUGGGAGAGGAAGAAGGCUCUGAUUGCCAAGUUAUACAAGGAUGAAGAAUGGCCUUUGAAGCAGGUCAUCAAGCAAAUUCGUUCCGAUGAUUUCAACCCAAGUGAAACUCAGCUGCGGAGUAGAUUGAAGAAGUGGAGGGUCACCAAGCCCUCUCGCCAGACACGCAAGAAAUCCGACGACAGCCAACAGGAGACUACCGGAGAUGACAGUGGUCAAGAAGAUGCAUCCCCAAAGGCCCAGUCCUCCACAGUCUCCCCUAAAGCACGCCCCCCUCUUCGCUCAGUCGCAUCAGACAUCUCUGUCACCGAACCGGAAUGGUACAUGGCCAAUAGUGCAUACACGCACCAUGAGGACCUGCCUACUACAGUUUGCCUUGAUGGACAAAACAUUUCCAAUGUGUGGGCUCCCAUGAUGAGCCCUUCCCAGAAGCAGCGGGAUCCUUCCCACGCCUCUUCCGUGAUGGUCCUUCCUAGCUCCAACUCAUAUGACUCACCGCACACGUCGCCAUUGAUGGACAGCAUGUUGGCCAACCAAACAUCAAGCAUGGCGUCGCCUUUCCAUGAUCCUUCCUUUGCUGUCACCACGGACUGCAUGCAAACACCCGCGACAACAGCUGGACCAAUUCAGUGGUCAAUUCCUCAGUGGUACUCGAUGCCUCUUGAGGCUGGCAGUCCAUUCUACACUGCGGCACCACUGAGCCCUCCUAUCGAUCCCGCCAUGCACCUGAUGACCCCACACGCCCAGACACCGCCGCCUUCUAGUAUCGGGCGGCAACAUAUGGCCGACCUACACGAGGGGCCUCAGUCAUGGAAGCGUGCUAUGUCUGCUCCAUAUGUUCAGGAUACCGCUGGCGGGCAUCCGAGAUUGGAUCAGAAGGGCUCGCAAACACGGCCGCUUGACCGGAAGGCUUCUAUCCAACCGAAGCCGGCUGGUCAACCCGCCGUGGGGAUCGUGUCUCCGUCCGCUUUCUAUCCCCAUGGUCAACAUCCUGCUAUGUGUGCGCCCCUCUACCCGUACCCUGGACCUGAGCCACUUGUGCACAGGCCUCAGAGCAUCGACUUUUAA